UGUCCAAAACUCUAUUCCUCACAGAAACCAACCAACAAAACUCACAUUUCCCAGCACCUCUUCAGUUUCCGUUACCGGCCAUUUUCCGUUGCACUUGGCCGGCAUGCAAGCUCUCUGCACCUCUCACAGCUUGGUUCCGGUCAUCAGCAUUUCCUUUAGAACCUCAAGCUCAUCACUUGCAUGUACCCCAAAAAUCAAAUGCUUCCCAAAAGUCAAAUGCUGCUCUCUGAAGAACCAGUCUUUAGCUACUGAUGCAAAGAAGUUUGAGGAAGUGUCAAAGUAUGGAAAUUUGGUUCCCCUUUACAAGUGCAUUUUUUCGGACCAGCUCACGCCGGUUCUUGCGUAUCGAUGCUUGGUGAAGGAAGAUGAUAGAGAGGCUCCGAGUUUUCUGUUUGAGUCGGUUGAUCAGAGCACCCAGGGGCGAUAUAGUGUUGUUGGAGCUCAACCAGCAAUGGAGAUUGUGGCAAAAGAAAAUAAGGUGACGAUAAUGGAUCAUGAAGGAGGGUGUUCAGUAGAGGAGUUUGUUGAGGAUCCAAUGGAUAUUCCGAAAAGAAUCUCACAGGGUUGGAGUCCCCAACUUAUUCAUGAACUUCCAGAUGCAUUUUGUGGUGGUUGGGUAGGCUUCUUUUCAUAUGAUACAGUUCGUUAUGUGGAAAAGAGAAGACUGCCAUUCUCAAAGGCACCCAAGGAUGACAGAAAUCUUCCAGACAUGCAUUUAGGACUCUAUGAUGAUGUUAUAGUGUUCGACCAUGUGGAGAAGAAAAUUUAUGCGAUUCACUGGGUGAGGUUAGACCGGUACUCCUCAGUUGAGAAAGCCUAUACAGAUGGAGCAAAACGGUUGGAUGAAUUAGUGGCUCGAGUACAUAACAUUGACUUACCAAGGCUGUCUUCCGGUGCUGUGAGCCUGCAUACUCACCAUUUUGGUCCUCCUUUAAAGAAUUCAAACAUGACCAGUGAGGCAUACAAGGACAUAGUUAAGAAGGCAAAGGAGCAUAUACUCUCAGGGGAUAUUUUCCAAAUCGUAUUAAGUCAGCGAUUUGAACGUCGAACAUUUGCUGACCCAUUUGAAGUCUAUAGAGCCCUGAGGACUGUAAAUCCGAGUCCAUAUUUGACUUACUUGCAGGCUAGACGGUGUAUACUGGUUGCUUCAAGUCCAGAAAUUCUUAUGAGUGCAAAGAAGAAAAAGAUUGUGAAUCGGCCAUUAGCUGGAACUUCUAGAAGAGGGAAGACAAUUGAAGAGGAUAAAAUGUUAGAAGUGCAGCUACUUCAUGAUGAAAAGCAAUGUGCAGAACACAUCAUGCUGGUUGAUUUGGGUCGGAAUGAUGUUGGAAAGGUCUCCAAAUUUGGUUCUGUAAAGGUCGAAAGACUAAUGAACGUUGAACGAUAUUCCCAUGUCAUGCACAUAAGCUCUACGGUCACCGGCGAGCUGCAAGACGGUCUCACUUGCUGGGACGCUCUGCGAGCUGCAUUGCCUGUUGGAACUGUCAGUGGUGCACCAAAGGUGAAGGCCAUGGAGUUAAUCGAUCAGUUGGAGGUAAACAGGCGUGGCCCAUACAGCGGCGGAUUUGGAGCAGUAUCCUUUUCCGGUGACAUGGACAUUGCACUAGCUCUGAGGACCAUGGUGAUUCCAACAGCAGCCCGUUUUGACACAAUGUACUCUUACAACAAUGGCAACACCCGCCGGGAGUGGGUUGCAUAUCUUCAAGCUGGUGCUGGUAUAGUUGCUGACAGUGAUCCUGAUGAUGAAAACCAAGAGUGCCAGAACAAAGCUGCUGGUCUUGCUCGUGCCAUCGACUUGGCUGAGGCCGCAUUUGUUCAUGAAUGUUGAAUAAUCAGUGCUUUCCUAGCUAGUGUCUAUGUUUAGUACCCAGAGACCACAUCUUUGAAUUACGUCCUAGUGUCGAGAAGUAUGAUGUAGGUUCAAUUUCUCUGGAGCCAGACUGAUAUGCGCAGAGAAAAGCUUCAAUGUGCAAAAGGGUAAAUCACCUAGUGUAAACUAGGACUUUCAGUUUAAGGCAAGGGUUUGAUAAAGCUUCUCCCCAAGGAUGAAUCACCUUGUGGUAAAAAUAAAUUUCAAUUUAAGAAAAGGG